GCCCGCGAGGCCGUGGAAACGGAUCUGUGUUUUCGCACAUUGUUCCUCGAUCGCGCCACUGUCCAGAUUUGUUGGCUGAGAUUGAUCGCGGGGAUGCUGCUGCGCGCAGAGCGGCGUGGAAGCACGGCCGCACGCAACCGUUGUUUUUCCAAGCGGGCCGCGAUGAGAGACGGCAGGCGCAUCGGUAGAGCUCUGUCUGUCCGCCUCAUGAUCAGCGAGCGGUGCGUCGAGUUCGAGGCGCCUUUGGCAGCCUCGCUCAAUGAUAGUGCUUCUUUCGCCCACGAUCGAGGAGGCCUUGGUGCGCCGCGCCGCCGUGGCCGCAACCCCCUGGCCGCCGAGGUCUACAGUGUCCUGAUGCGACACCGCGAGAACUGCUCGUCCUGCACGGUGCGCGACCCGUCCUGCAUGCGUGAGUGUCGCCUGCUAUCCUCGGAGAACAAUGAGGAGGCGCUCGGGCAGAUACAGCUUGCCGUGUGGCUGGCGAAGGAGAAGAACGUGGCCGAGUCGGACUGGCGCCCCUGGCUGGACCUGCUGCCCAGCGGCUUCGGCUUCUCCCCCGCCGCCCUGCGCGAGCCGCUGCUGCGGGCGGCCUUCGGCGGCACCAGCGUGCUGGCGGAGGCCUCCGAGUUGCAGGAGGCGUGGCGGGCGGCCCACGAGGUGCUGCUGCGCCAUUCGCCCCUGUACGCAAGGCACGUGGGCGGCUUCGAGACGUUCCGCACCGCCCGGAUCACCGUCCUCUCGAGGGUUCACGGCCUCCCGGGGACGGGGGACGUGAUCGUCCCCUUCGUGGACCUCCUCAACCACGACGCCGAGGCGCCCACGUGGUGGGGGCCGUCGGCCAAGGGCGGCUUCGAGCUCCGCGCCAGCGCGCCGCUCGCCGCCGGGGGAGCGGUGACCUGCUCCUACGGCUCGGAGAGGUCCAGCAGGGAGUUGUUGCUGCACUACGGCUUCGCGCCGGUUUCGAACCCGUGGCACUCCGUGGAGUUGGACCUGAGCCCGGACCGGGCAGAUCCGCUGUACGCGGCCAAGCGGCAAGGCCUCAUCGAUCUGGACCUCUACCGCGGCUUCAGCUUCUCGGAGAGGCUGGGCUUCGCCAAGAGCCGCCCCGUGCGGGCCCCCGAGGGCUGGGAUCAGCUCCCCGUGGCAGAGCAGGACGCGCGCAUGUUCCAGGAGGUCCUCGUCUCCCUGCGCGUUGGUGCCCUCUCCGCCGAGGACCUGGAGGCGAGCGCCGACCACCGCGCCGCCCUCUUCGAGCAAGACGAGGGCGCCCAGGAGCGGCUCCGCGCCCGCGCGGGCGCGCUCGGCCUCUCGCUGGAGGGCCGCGCGGCGCGGCGGCUGCUGGAGGCCGUGGACGCCCAGCUCGCGCCCCGGGGCGGCGCGGCCGGCCGAGACGCCCAGGAGGUACUGCGUGGGCUGCGCGCGGCCCUCGCGGGGGCGCCGCCGGGCGCCGAGCCCGAGCCGACGGACUCGGACCUGCAGCAGGUGGCCGCCUCUGCCGCCGCGCUCGCGGCCACUGAGGCGCGCCUGCUCACUUCCCUGCGCUCGGCCGCCGAGGCCGUGGCCCGCCUCGUCGAGGUGGGCGCGUGGCCCGAGGGCGCCGGCGGCCUCGCGGAGGCCGGCGCGGCCGCGGCCGGCGCCCCCGGCGCCGGGGAGACGGCGCGCUACGUGCUGCUGUGGGCCCGGUCGUUCGCGGAGGGUCGCGCGAGUGCUGGGGCGGUCCGCGGCG